AUGGUGGCGUCGGCUGGCCACCUCUUGGAGACCCACCUCCAUAUCAGCUCUCCUCGGGUUGAGAACCACACCCCACCCUUCUCUGACACUCCUCACCUCCCUGUUCAGCCCCAGUUCCCCCACCCGAAACCCCAGUCUCAGCCUAAACUACUGCACCCCCACCCAGAACCCCUGUCUCAACAACUACACCCCCACCCAGACCCCCGGUCUCAACUACUACACCCCUACAUCCACCCCCACAACCACCCAGACCCCCAGUCUCAGCUACAGCAACCCCACUCCCACCCCCACAACUAUCCAGACCCCCAGUCUCAGCUACAACAACCCCACUCCCACCUCCACAACUACCCAGACCCCCAGUCUCAGCUACAACAACCUCACUCCCACCCCCACAACCACCCAGACCUCAAGACUCAACUAUUGCAGCCUCACCCCCACAACCACCCAGACCCCCAGUCUCAGCUACUGCACCCCCACCCCCACAACUACCCAGACCCCCAGUCUCAGCUACUGCACCCCCACCCCCACAACUACCCAGACCCCCAGUCUCAGCUACUGCACCCCCACCCCCACAACUACCCAGACCCCCAGUCUCAGCCUCAGUUACUGUAUUCCCACUCUGACUCCCAGCCUCAGCCAAGGCCCUGGGCCAACCACCGCCUCUAUACCCACUCCCAGACCUCCAGGCGGCCCCAGCUCCAGCGCCAGCCACGUCUGCCUCCAUGCCCAGUAGGGAGAAUGGAUCCUGCGUACGGACCGUAG